AUGUUGAUUAUCGAUGAUGAUAAUGAUUAUAAUGUUGAGAAUGAGGAUGAGGAGAUGGAGGAAAGAGGUGAUGUAAGCAUAGAGUCUACCAUAGUCGUCACCAGUGACGUCACUGUAGCAAUGACAGAGGAAUGGAUCACCUCAAAAAUACCAACUACGAUGGUGGCAGCGAUCUCAUCGCAAGAGGGCGUCCUGUCACCGACCACACCCCUUAGCCAGGUUCCCCAGCUCACGAGCCAACCGAUCUCCCCUGUUUCUGAAAUAUUGAAAUCUGAAGUCGUAACUGCUACCGACGUCUUCACGGAGGCUUACAGCUCCUUUGCUUCUGAAGAUCCUCAAAGGUCUAUCGAUGCAAAUACAUCACCUAAGCUCGAGCCAAGUUCAUUGAUAUCCAGGAGCGAUCAAAGAUGGACUACUGAUGUACCAGGUGGUACAUGGUUUACAGAUACAAUAGCUGUUACAGAACAAAAUGCCACGACAAUGUACCAAGACCCUGGUGGCAGUAGAAGUAUGGACAUUUCUGUAGCAUCUCAAAUUGUUUCAGCCUCUAUUAAUAGCAUGCCAUCUAGUCGUCAAUCGGCCUAUGAGACUAUAUUACAACCAAUGUCAGCAGUUUCAAACCAAAGAACAGAUUUUGAUUUUGUGAAGGAGACUCUACUUAGUACAAUCAUUGAUGUUUCAGACGCCAACUACCAGACAGAUCUUCCAGAAAGUACUAUACAAAUCUUGCCGAGUAGAACAAAGACAGUGGUGCCAUCUACUUUAUUUCGUAGUCUUCCAGAUAGUUUAAAUCCUACGUCUAUAGACAUACCGGUCACAGUAGCUCUUUCCGAAGACCAUUCUGCAACCCCAUCACUCCUUGGCGAGACAGUCAUUGUCACAAGUGAAUUCUUUUUGACUUUAGCGACAACGCCUUCAGAAUGGCCAAAAUCAUCAGAAAGAGACUUAUCAAGAAACCCGACAGUUCUACAGCCAAUGUCAACUGUGGAAGAUGUGUCACUGCAGUCAAGUCUUGCCAUUCAGAGCGAAAUUACACCUUCAGAUACAGAGAUGCUCUCAUCAACAAUGUAUAUUUCUGAAACAAGUGAUCUUUUAGUUUCUCAUGUCGAUACUACAUUACUGACGCCAAUAAGCAAUUCAAAGACUGUUGACGAUAUUUCUACGAAUAUAUUUGAAACAACAACAAUUAUGAGUGACAUGGUCUAUACUCCAUGGAUAUCUUUUUCCUACCUUGUACCAUCAAGCCAGCCUAUUUCAAGUCCUGUUUCAAAGUCAACUGUUCUGUUCCCAUCUGUUUCAUAUGGCACAAUUUCAAUCGCCUUCCCAAGAACGGAUGACGUCACUGAAAUAUUUUCCACAGUAUAUUCGGAACUGACACCUUCAUUGACGCCUUCAUCGGAAUUGGUUGGGUCUGAGAGAUCAACAAUCUUUGAUGAUAUACCAACACCAUCAGAAUCAACUGGUAACAGAGUGAAAAGAAGUAUCUCCCAGGUGAUGUCUUCAGGAGGAAUGGAGUCAGAUGUGGUGGUUUCAUGGCUUACUUCUGAAGUUGUUGAAACAGUGAUUUCAAACAUUGGAAAAUACUCCAUCCUUCCAAACAAUAACACCACAACCAGCUUCAGAACUCAAAUCAACGUUUGA